AUUUAAUACUCGCUUGAAAAUUGUGUAAUCAGUGUUUGAAUUUAUGAAAUGGAUUCAUUAAAUUUAGAUGAACGGGAGGAUGUUCAGAAAAAAGCGUUUACGAAGUGGAUUAAUUCGCAUUUAUCGAAGAUUAACGAACCAUUAAUAAACGAUUUAUUUACCGAUUUACGUGAUGGAACGCGUCUCUUGUCUUUAUUGCAAUGCCUUACCGGAAAACAAUAUAAACGCGAAAAGGGUGAAAUGCGUUUACAUCAUCUGAACAAUGUUAACAAAGUAUUGCAAGUUCUUGAGUCAAAUGGUGUAAAAUUAAUCAAUAUCAGCAGUGAAGCAAUUGUUGACGGAAACGGAAAAUUGACACUAGGUCUGAUAUGGAGUGUUGUGCUUCGUUGGCCAGGAGGUCGGCUUGACUCACUGGUGCCAGAUCAUCAACAUUCAAGCUUAGAACGGGCAUUGUUAUCAUGGUGUCAACGUAGUGUUCAAAAUUAUUCAGAUGUUGAAAUUCGCAAUUUUACAACAAGUUGGUCGGAUGGACGAGCAUUUUUAGCAUUAUUGCAUCGAUGGCGGCCAAAUUUAUUUGAGUAUAAACAAGCCUGCUUAAUGUCACCAACAAAACGUUUAGAUUUUGCAUUUAGACUAGCUCAUGAUCGACUUAAUAUUGAUACUCUAUUGGAUCCCGAAGAUGUUAAUACAAAUUGUCCCGAUAAAAAAUCAAUUAUGAUGUAUGUAAUGUGUCUUUUCCAAUCAUUACCAACAGAAGAGGAUAUGAAAUCUAUAGAAAAUGAACCGCCAGAUAUUGGACACACUGAGAAUAUGUCUUUAACAGCUGGUUUAGAAUCACGACCGUUAAGUUUACUAAGCCAUGUAUCUGUUGAAUUAGGUGGAUAUCAAACUGCACUAGAGGAUGUACUUACUUGGUUGUUGGCCGCGGAAGAUCAAUUAGCUCAACAGCCAACACAUUUACCUACUGAUUUAGCCCAAUUAAAAGACCAUUUUCAUCAACAUGAAGCAUUCUUACUACAACUAGCUGGCCAACAAGAUGGUGUAGGCUCAGUUUUAACCGAAGGUGCGCGGUUAUUGGCAGAGCCUGGCCUUCAUCAAGACGAAGAACAUGAAAUUCGUUUACAAAUGAAUUUAUUAAAUGCUAGGUGGGAACGCUUAAGAUUAAAUGCUUUAGAAAGACAAGCGUCAAUACAUACAGCAUUGCGUACGGAACAAAGAAAUAAAUUAGAUUUGUUACGAAAGUGGUUAACACAAGUUGAAGGUCGCAUGGCAGAAGUUUGUGCAGCACCUCUAUCGCAGAGGGUUGAUAAACAUAAAGAGUUACAAAAGGACGUGGAACAACAAAAAGAAUCAGUUGAUAUUCUUUCAAAUAUUGUAAUAAUUGUUGAUGAAACUGAUUCAGAUGAUGAGUUUUCUGCUAUGGAAGAUGAAUUAACAGCGUUAAGUGAGAGAUGGGCUCAUGUUUGUAGUUGGUCUGAAGAAGAGACUCAAAGGUUGAAAAAAUGGUGUUCUUUGAUUGAAACUCGUGAUCAAGAAAAAUCCUGGUUGAAUCGACGAGAAGUUACGCUAAAAAAUAUGGAAGCCAAUCCGGCAUCAGAAAUUGUCGAAGUACUUAAUCAGAUUAAAAAAUUGCAAGUUUUGAAAAAGGAAUUAGAUGGUUCACAGGAAAGAUUGCAAAAACUUCAAGAUGAUAUCGCACUGCUUGCAAAACAAGAAGGGCCAUUAGGUAUUCAAUCAAGUUCUGAAUUAGAGAGUUCAGUUGAAACGUUAUUCGAUCGUUGGGAUGCAUUAAAUCAAAUUAUAGAAAUACAAGCUCAUAGAAUUGCUUCAUUUGGAUUUGAAAUUACAUUGAGUGGUUCCACAGUUAAUAUUAGCCAACUUGGAUCAAGUAGUCAAUGGGAAUUACGAAAUACAGGCGUUGAUUCUAGUAAAGAAUCGAAAAAACCACGACUUGGAGAAGCGUUUACUGAAACUGAUGAAAAUCUAUCGCAAAUUUCAGAUUGGUUACAACAAACUGAACUGCAAUUUGAACAUUCUGAUAAAAGUGGUAAUGUGAAACCUGCAACUGCUCUUACAAUUGAAGAGCAUUUAGCAUGGUACCAAACAACAUUACAAGAACUUGAAGAAAAGCAGGAACUAUUGAAAUCAUCUUCUGAAGAUAAAAAUGUAUCCUCAAAAAAUGUUCAAGAGUUUAAUGAACGUUUAAGUGCUGCACGGAAUACAUUAAAAAAUCGCAUACAAGAAUAUGAACAGUUACGACAUUUACAAAAAGAUACUGAAGAAUUAAAAGAGUAUAUUUUGGAAUGUCAAUCAUUCUUGCUUGAAAAUCCAAACAUUCCUACAUUAACAAAUAAUAAAUGUCUGAUUGAGGAAGAUUUUAAAAAUGAGUUAGAUACUUUAAAUAAGGAUUGGAAAAAUGUGAAAGAUAAAUUAAAAAAUGAAAAAUCUGGUUUAAAAAAUAUACUUGAGAAUACAGAACAAUUACUUCGAAAUUUAAAAGAAAUGAAAGACUGGCUUCUAGCUCUGGAAAAAGAAAUACCAUCACCAGAUAAACCAAUUGAAACGUCAGCUCAAUUAUUUCAACUUAAAGCUAAGUAUCAACUUGUUCGAGAUAAAUGUGAUUCUAGACUUACUGAUUUUCGUACAAUGAAUACACUUGCGAAAGAAAUGCAUCCAAACGAUUCAGCUAAAGAAAUAUCAAAAUUAUUGUCUGAAAUAAACGAUAAAUGGAAUUCAAUUGCGACUUCAGUUCAAUCACGUGUGAAAAUUUUACAAAAUGCGUCUAAUCAUUAUGGCCAAUUCCGAUCAUUAGCUGCUCAACAAGCUGAUUGGUUAGAUCGACUUGAGCGAAGACUUGCUAGAGCUUCUCCUACAGCUGUUGAUGCUGAAGAUAUUUCUGAGGAAUUAGAUGAUUUGGAAAAUUAUAUUAGUAGCGAAGCUGAAGAUCGUGUUCAACAAUUAAAGGACGCUGCAAAAGUUCUUACAGACAGUGAUGUUAUGGUAGAAGCAGUUCAUUCAGAUCUUCUAGCAGUUACCAGUCGAUGGGAUCGUUUACGUGAGCAAGCUAUGGAACGAGCAGCGUUAUUAGAACGCUCUGUAGAUGAAGCUCAGCAAUCUGAAACAAUGAUUUUACAAUUUCAAGCUUGGCUAGAUCGUACUGAUUCAAUGUUAUCUGCCAGAGUCGAUAAUGAUCUGACUGCAGAUGAUUUACCUGAUGAUGAUCAGAUACUCUCACAAGAAUUUGAAUCUCAAGAGCAGUUACUUGCUGAAUUAAAUCAACAAAUUGAUGCUUUUAAAGACAAUGGUAAACAUGAAGCUGCACUUCGUUUAAAGGAACAAGUGGAUUCAUUAAAGUUGAGAUUCUUACAUGUACAACGUACUUAUGAAAGAUUUCGAAGAACUGAUUGCGUUGAAGCACGUUUAUCUCGCGCUUUAAGGCAACUUCGAGAUGUGAGUGAUGCUUCUUGUUUGUUAGAACCAGCAUCUGCUGAUGUUGAAGGAAUCGAAGGACAAUUAAAACAUUGCUUGAAAUUCUAUCGCACAUUAAGCGAAAUUAAAGGUGAAGUAACUGAUGUUAUCAAGCUAGGACGCAAGUUAGUUGAAGAAAGAGCUGUGCCUGAUCCACCUCAAUUAACGGCUCGAGUUGAUUCAUUAAAAGAAUUGUACAAUACAUUAGGUGCUCAAAUUACAACUGCUAAACAAACUUUAGAAAAAGCAUUGGAACUUUUACGCGGAAUUCACGAAAGGAAUUCUGAUUUGCUUGAAUGGUUAGAUUACAAUGAAAAUACUUGUGAUUGGAAUUUAUUGGCUGAAAUUAAACCGUCUUUAAAAAUAUUAUUAGAAGAUUAUGACGAAUUUAGUAAAAUGUGUGAUCCAGUAUAUUCUCAUAGCUUAAAAGAAAGUAUUAAUAAUAUUAAAAUACGUUGGGAGAAGUUAGAAUCACAUAUGCAACUUGCUAAGUGGUUGGAAGAUAAAGAAAUUGAAGCAAAUUCAGCAUCAGAAACGAAAUUACUUGAAUUAGAAAAGGAACUCAUGUUUAAAAAGCCAUUGUUUGAUAAGUGUCCACAAAUUUUACAACAAAAAUGGAAAGGUCUAAUUGAACAGAUUAAGGAUAAAUGUAAGUUAAAGCAACGUGAAGCAAACGUUUCAAAUACAAUAAUUGAUCAUAAAAAUCCUGAAGUGCAGACACUACCAACACCUGAGCCAAUGUUACAAGAAGAAUCUAUAACAGAUUCUCAAGAUUUAAUCAAUGAUACAUUCAAAUUAGUUGAAAAUAAUAGUCUUUUUUCACAAAUUUCCACAAUGACUGCGGAUAAUUUAAAAGCACAUGUCACUAAAGAUAAAAGAGAAAGUGAUCGUUGUCAUAUGGUUGAAGUAAAAGAAACAGAACCUUCACAAACAUUUGUUGCAUCCGUCGAAAUUUUUCCAAGAACAACACUCCCAUCACCUGAGCAUGCUGUAGAAAUGGUUGAAAUUUUUGAAACGGAAUCAACUGAAAGUAUUCCAGACGCUAGUCUUGCUGAAAAUAUGACAAUUAGUCGGGUGAUUGAAGAAAAUAAUCAAAUUAAUAACAACAAUACUAAAAAGUUAACAAUCAGUAAACUUCCAUUACCUACUAAAAUCAAUGCAAAUGACCAAGCUAAAAUCACAUCUUGGAAAAAAGAGAAGGAUGUUUUAGGGGAAUAUUUAAUAUUGGAUGAUCAUGAAAAUAAAGAUAGGGUUGAAAAGAAGUCUUCAAUUUCACCUUUGAAACAUGUUACUUUAAAUACAGAAGUAGAAAAUUCUAAAAUGCAUGAGGUUUUUGGAAAUGAAAACAAUUUGAAAAAUGAUUCUGAAAGUUUUUCUUCUGAUCGUAUGAUUACUACAUCGAUUCGUGAAGUAGAAUCGUCACGUCAGGUAUCUGUUGUAUCGGUUUGUCAUAAAGGCUCAGCACCAAAUUCUCCAGUGAGUACAUUACCGCCAUUAUCUCCAUUAUCUCCAGGAACUGAUAUUAAUGAAUUUGAACGACAAGCCAAAUUGAUGUUGGAUCGAAUGGAUAAUAUGUUACGAGUUGUUAAAUCUGUCGGCCACGAAACCGAUCCUGGCCGACGUUUAGAGAUUUUAAAAACUGAGCUAAGUUUAUUAGCACCUGAUGCAGCUUCUUUGAUAAGUCGUGGUGAUAGCUUAGUAUUAAUUCUACAUUCAACACAUCCUAAACGUGCUGAACGCUUACAACAUGAUACUAUUGCAAAAUUGCGUAACGGUUGGACAACAAUACGUGAGGAAACUGAACUUCAACGCCAGAAAGCAUUAUCAGCUCAAAGUCAAUUUGAAGAAUAUCACAUUUUGCUUAAUUCCAUUUCCGAUUGGUUAGAAAUUGUACCAGGCCGAAUUACAUUAGCAAAUAACCAUGAGGGGCAAUUACAAAAAAUGAAAGAAGAAUUUGAUGUAAAAACUCAUGAAAUUGAACGGUUGUAUGGCUUAGUAAACGAUUUAAAAAAACAAAACAUUGGUAUACACGAUUCCGAUUUAAGUAAUGUGAAAAGUAAAUGGCAGUCUGUUACCAAACAAUUCCAAGUAUUACGUACUUCACCAAAAGGCAAAGAAAAGUUCCUUAGCGAUCGUGAAUUGAAAACCAUAUCGUCAUUUACUUUAGACAAGGAUUCACCUUUGUAUCGGUUCGGUGUUCAACUAGAUGCCCUAAUAUCAUGGGUAAUGGAAACAAAAACACGCAUUAACAUUACAAAAGAUUUACCCGUAAAAGAACAAGAGCGUAUUCAUCAAAAUAUAAUGAAUUCGAUAUCAGAUCGUGAAAUGGAGGUGAAAGAAAUAUUUGAAAAUUUUACAAAUUUGGAAGCCACGACCAGCAAUUCACCUUUGGCGGCUGAAUUCCAGGAGAAAAUGAAAAAACUUCGAACAGAUUGGAAUUAUAUUCGUAAGAAAGACAUCUUUAAGGGCGUUGUAGAUAAAGACGUGGUUCAGCAACAGCCAACUUCUUCAACAGUUGUUACAACGAAAAGUGUAACAAGUUCAAUACCUACAUCAUCAUUAUCAUCGUCAACAACCACUGUAGGUGGUAGCACUAGCAGUAGUAAUAAUAACAACAACGUGUCCAGGCAUACUGUUAGUCCUGCACGUUCGUCAUCGUCUAGUAUUGUUACUAGUCGUACUUCAAUAACACCAAGUAAACAACAAUCUACUUCAGCAGACAUACAAAACUUAGCUGCAGCAGCUGCAUCUGAAGCUGCAGCAGCUACAACAACAUUACUUGCUAGUUUUGAUAAAUCUAUUCUUCAGAUUCGUGAUUGGUUAACUGUGGAGGAAGACAUGCUACGACAACAAACAGUUGUUGUAAGCAAUGUGGACGAAAUACUCCAGUUGAUUGAUAAACAAAAGAGUGUUUUACGUGAAUUAGAACAGAAAAAGCCACAACUUGAUGAAUUAGUACACACAGCCGAAAAUUUAAAAGCCGAUUCUAAUAGACAACAAUUGCACGGCAAAGGUAAUUAUUCACUUUGUGGGACGGAAUUGUUGAAUAUUCGAUCAUGCAUAAAAGUUACAAAAUUGCGUGAACAUUGGGACGAAACGAAUUCAAAAGUGAUGCAGCGUAAAGCACAAUUAGAUGCCAUGCUUAAUGAUAGUCAACGUUACGAAGGUAAACGACUGGAAGUUGAAGCAUGGCUAGCUAGAAUGGAAGGACGUUUACAACGUAUGGCCUCAGCUGGCCAUACAGCUGAUGUGUUAGAAGCUCAGUUACGUGAACAAAAGUCUUUCCAUGCUGAGUUACAUCAAUAUAAACAUCACAUUGAAUUGUUUAAUCAAUUAACACAGAAAUUAAUUGCUGUUUAUCAGCAAGAUGAUACUACUAGAGUUAAGAAAAUGACUGAACAAAUCAACAUACGAUACAACAGUUUGAACACGAGUAUCAUAAAUCGUGGUAAAUUAUUAAAUUCAGCAAUGAAUUCUUUACAUAACUUUGAUCGAUCGUUGGAUAACUUUUUGGCAUGGUUGUCAGAAGCUGAAUCAUCUUUAGAGAGUAUGGAGGUCGAUGCUGAACGUGCUGCUAUCACAACUGGUUCACGUCAUCAGGAGGUAGUGAACUCACUUCCACAUCAUCAACUUAAGGAUUUGCAAUCAGAAAUUGAAACACAUCGUGAUGUUUAUGCAUCGCUUAAUGGAACAGGUAGAAAGUUACUGGGCUCACUGGCAAGUCAAGAGGAUGCGGUUAUGUUACAAAGACGCUUGGAUGAAAUGAAUCAAAGAUGGCACCAUUUAAAAGCAAAAAGCAUGGCAAUAAGAAAUCGACUAGAAAGUAAUGCUGAACACUGGAAUGCAUUAUUACUUUCUUUACGUGAAUUAAUUGAAUGGGUAAUUCGAAAAGAUACCGAACUUACAGGAUUGGCUCCCGUUCGUGGUGAUAUUGCAUCCAUUCAAAAACAACAGGAUGACCACCGAGCAUUUAGACGGCAAUUAGAAGACAAACGACCAGUUGUAGAAAGUAAUUUGUUAAGUGGACGACAGUAUAUUGCAAACGAACCACCUUUGUCUGAUACGAGUGAUAGUGAAGGACGUGGUGAUUUAGACGGUGAUUCGCGAGGUUAUAGAACUGCCGAAGAACAAGCACGUGAAUUAACUCGGAGUAUACGUCGUGAAGUUGGAAAAUUAUCUGAUAAAUGGAAUGCUCUUAUUGAUCGUAGUGAUCAAUGGCGACGUCGUCUUGAUGAAACAUUGGCGAAUUUUUUUAAGAAAACAUCUUUAUCUAAAUCUACAACACCUAUAUCUAAACCAACUACAGAAUCUCCAAAAAUUACUAAUUUACGAGUUUUCCAAAAAUCCUUAGAAGAUGUAUCAGCUCGAAUGUCAGCUGUUGAACAAGUACGUGCUAGCUGGACAAAUCCAAACGACGCAAAUGAUGCGCGUGAUUUACAACAACAAUUGGCACGUUUUGGUGAACGUCUGGGGCCAUUACAACGUACAUUAGACGAUGUGAAUGAUCAAGCUGGUGCAUUCUCAGCAGGUGGUGUACAUAUCCCUCCAGCGACAUUACGUCAACUAGAAGAUCUUAAUACCAGAUGGAAAACAUUACAAUUAGCGGUAGAUGAAAGAUAUAAAACAUUAAGUGAUGUCUGUACUGGUGGGGGCACAACAGCUAGUCAAGGUUUCCUUUCUGCAUCCGUGGAACCACCAUGGGAAAGAGCAAUUACACCUAAUAAGGUGCCUUAUUACAUCAAUCAUCAACUGGAAACAACGCAUUGGGACCAUCCGAAAAUGUUAGAGCUUAUGAAUUCAUUAACAGAGUUCAAUGAAGUCAGGUUUUCUGCAUAUCGAACUGCAUUAAAAUUGAGGGCUGUACAAAAAAAAUUAUGUCUGGAUUUGUUAAAUUUAUCAUCAGCACUAGAAUCAUUCGAUAGUCAUGGUUUACGGGCACAAAAUGAUAAACUCAUCGAUAUACCUGAUAUGGUUACAGUUUUAAGUUCACUUUACGAAAGUGUUGCAGCUGAACGUCCUUCGCAAGUUGACGUGCCAUUAUGUUUAGAUCUCGCUGUCAAUUGGUUACUUAAUGUUUAUGAUAGUCAAAGGACUGGUCAACUUCGUGUAUUAUCGUUCAAAGUUGGACUGGUGAUUUUAUGUAGAGGACAUUUAGAAGAAAAGUAUAGAUAUCUAUUUCGACUGAUUGCUGAUCCAAAUCGCCUUGUAGACCAAAGAAAAUUGGGUUUACUAUUACAUGAUGCGAUCCAAGUUCCUCGACAAUUAGGUGAAGUAGCUGCUUUCGGCGGUUCGAAUAUUGAACCAAGUGUAAGAAGUUGUUUUGAAAAAGCAGGUGCAGAUAAGACAGAAAUUGAGGUAUGAAAUGGAUGUAUUUUAAAAAAUUAUGUUAUUAAGAUAAUUUAUAAUUUUCAGGCAGUACAUUUUCUGAGUUGGCUUCAACAAGAACCCCAAAGUAUGGUGUGGCUACCCGUUUUACACCGAUUAGCUGCAGCAGAAUCAGCAAAACAUCAAGCUAAAUGUAAUAUUUGCAAAGAAUAUCCAAUUAUUGGCUUCCGUUAUCGAUGUUUAAAAUGUUUCAACUUCGAUAUGUGUCAGACAUGUUUCUUCUCGGGACGUAAAGCUAAAAAUCAUAAGUUGACACAUCCUAUGCAAGAAUAUUGCACAGCUACAACAUCGAGCGAAGAUGUGAGAGAUUUCACAAGAGCUCUACGAAAUAAAUUCAAAUCAAAACGCUAUUUCAAAAAGCAUCCCCGAGUUGGCUAUUUACCAGUUAGAUCAGUACUUGAAGGUGAUGCUUUAGAAAGCCCUGCACCUUCACCACAACAUUCAGCUCUGGGGCAAGAUAUGCAUUCAAGACUUGAAAUGUAUGCAUCACGUUUAGCCGAAGUUGAACUAAGAACUAGAACUAAUUCAACACCGGAUUCAGAUGAUGAACAUCAACUAAUUGCCCAAUAUUGUCAAUCAUUAAACGGUAGUAAUGGUGGGGGUGAUUUACCUCCAGCACCACACAGUCCUGUACAAGUUAUGGUUGCUAUCGAUGCAGAACAACGUGAAGAAUUAGAAGCAAUGAUAAGAGAAUUGGAAGAAGAAAAUGCAACAUUACAAGCAGAAUAUGAAAGACUUAGAUCCAAACAAAGUCCUGAAGAAGGCCAAUUACUUAGUGGAGGACAAGGACCACCUGGACAAGAUAUGUUAGCUGAGGCAAAAUUAUUACGGCAACAUAAGGGACGCUUGGAGGCCCGAAUGCAAAUAUUAGAAGAUCAUAAUCGUCAAUUAGAAGCACAAUUGCAACGAUUACGUCAGCUCUUAGAAGAACCAUCUGGUGGAGCUGCUGCUGGUCGACCAACAGGAACAUUACAAACACGCUCGGUUACCGCAUCGCAGUUAGCAACAGAUUCACCAGCUAAAUUGCACAAUGGAUACUUCCAUGAUUCUCCAAGUGGACGUUGGGUAGAAGAUGCACGUGGGGGUAAUGGGGAGCGAGAAGAUAUACGCCCACCUCCUCCACCACAUUCAUUAUCGAAUCAAGCUGUUGGUAAUUUAAUGCACAGGGCAGGUGAAUUAGGGAGAGCCGUGGAGGAAUUAGUAACAGUAAUUACAGAUGAAGAAAAACAGUUCCGUAAUGGGCAAAUAACAGAAAAUAACAAUGGUAAUGCAUCAAAAUAAGAGUAAUGUUUAUGAAAAGUAAGAAUAUUUUUACGAUAUUGACAAAUAGGUUUUAAGUAGUGGACAUACAAACAACCAAGCCAUAUUGUAACUUAAUAAAAAAUUUAAUCAAAGGAAUUUUAAAACUGAUAUUUAAAGACAAUUUUUUCUAUACAAUACUUGAUUAAAAUGAUACUGAAACAGAACGAUGUGACAAUCUUCUGUUUCAGAAAUUUCUAUUUUAUAAUAUUUAUUAUU